AUGGAUACAGCUUUUUGGCAAAAGAGUUUUGCUUCCGAGGUCGAAUCGGUCGUUCCUGCCUACGACUUGGUCUCUGUCGUCAUUCUUGCAGUCCCUUGGUGCACUGGUACCAUCAUUGGACUGGCUGGGAGAGCUAUCGAGAAAACACCAAUCUGGUUUGACUACCCGAAUCUUCUGACCGAGACACAAGUCAACUCUGGACUUGUUAUGCCUUUUGUGCUUCGCUCUUUACUCGGUCAAGGCGCAACAACUGGUCUUUUGGUGCUGAUAUUUAUGGCCAUUACUUCCACGGUAUCGUCGUCUGUCAUCGCAGUCUCGAGUAUCAUAUCGCUCGAUUUCUACCGGUCGUAUAUCAAUCCUGAAGCUUCCGACCGUAAGGUUCUGAAGGUCAGCCACUUUGGAGUCGUUGGUCAUGGCUGCUUUAUGGCCGGCUUUGCAAUCAUGUUGCAGUACGCCGGAGCAACAAACAAUUGGUCGACGUACUUUAGACCCAUCAUCGCCUGUCCUGGCAUCUUUCCUCUCAUGUUGACACUGCUCUGGUCUCGACAAACAAAGGCAGCUGCCAUUUUGUCGCCCAUCUUAGGCCUGAUAUCAGGUGUCGCGACUUGGCUUAGUUUGUCCUAUGUUUGGGGAGGAAAGAUCGAUAUCCAGACAACUCAGCAACAACUACCCGGUCUUUAUGGAGCGAUCGUGUCAUUUUUCUCACCUGCAUUGUUCUCUGUCGUCAUCUCUCUUGCGCGAUCGAGCAGGUUUGACUGGAGAGAGUUCUUGAGGAUCGAUUUGAUUGAAGAUAGCACUCAGCCCAGCACUGCUUUGCCUUCACUCCAAAACAGCAAGGAAGACAUCACUGACCUUUCUCGGCCAGCCAAAGCUACCCAAGCCGUCAUCGGCGAGAAAGACCAGAGUGUUGUUGAUGCAGAAGCAAAGAGUGGACUCGUCAGCCCUGCCACAUCGUUCUCGACCGGUAGCGGUAACCUCGACGAUAUCACUCACCCCUUCAGUGUCCAAACCAUACGCCACAUAAAGAAGUGGAGAAACUAUGCCGCUGGAUAUUUUGUUCUCAAUCUACUCGUCACGGUAGUUUUCUGGCCAGUACCCUUGUAUCGAGACUGGAUAUUCACACUACCCUUUUUCAAAGGCUGGGUGACUAUGGCGAUCAUCUGGCACUUUGCUGCCAUGAUGGCCGUGAUUGUAUAUCCAGUAUGGGAUGGAAGAUAUGUCAUCAGCACGGUGCUCAAAGGGAUAAGCAAAGAGCAGAGCAGUGGAAGGCAAAAGUCUUGA